GUGUACCUCGGUCAGCGACAGGUGGAUCACAUGUGACGAUGACCUGCGGGAGUGCGCGGCUCGGGCACGCGCCUCUGCUCUCCCUCUCUGCCUGUAUGGAGUGUGAGUUGUGACGCUCUGAUCACUGAGGAGGAGGAAAGUUAGUGCAACUUCCAAGGCCUGUUGAAGCAGUGAGAUCUGUCUGAGAGAAGAAGGAGGAGAGGAGAGAAGGAGGCAGCAGGAUGAAGUCCAAAAGGAAGGCCGUCAAACCAUCCAGCGGGACCUGGUCCGACCCGGAGCCAGAGCUAGAGCCGGACACGGAACCAGAACCCGGCUCCAGCGAGCAGGAGGGCUCGGAGGCAUCGGUGCGGAUCGGCGGCUCCUGGAGGGGGUCGCUGAGGAGCGGGGGCAGGAACCGCCAGGGAGGAGGCGGCGGCGGGAGACGGAGGAGGCAGCACUCCUCCAGCACCAAAGAGCGCAGCCUCCGCCGCCUGGAGAGCAACGAGCGGGAGCGCCAGCGCAUGCACAAACUCAACAACGCCUUCCAAGCGCUGCAGGAGGCCAUCCCGCACGUCAAGACCGACAAGAAGCUGUCCAAGAUCGAGACCCUGACCCUGGCCAAGAAUUACAUCAAAGCCCUCACCACCGUCGUCGUGGACAUGUCAGGGGCCUGCCUGCCCACUGGUGGGGUCCCAUCAGAGGCCAGUGCCGCCAAGCUGCUCCAGUGCUACCAGCAGCACCUGGAGGACGACGGGGAGGACGAUCUCACCCAGUACCUCACCCACAUGCACAGCUUCAGCCAGCGCAGCUAACAGCGACUGCGAGGUGGGUCAGAGGCCAUGGGGGGGGGGGGUGGCAAGAGGGCAUCAGUCCUGCUGCUCUGAGAUCUGCUAGGAAAUGAUGCAGGAACAGGAGCUGUUCCACAUCAUAGACACGUGAAAGCAGACUCCUGACAGGAAGAGAUCCCUCUAGAAGUUGCCCCUGAUGCAAAACAUGGAGACUCUUGAGGACCAUUCGCCUGGCAGACACAAAGUGGGACCAGACAGACCAUACAGACUUCUUAUUGUACUCAGACAUGAAGGGCUAUCCUUUCACCACUGUCUUUUCUUUUUCUUCUAUAUGGUUUGAGCUGAGGCAAGGAGCUGUUCUCUUUUUGUGUUAUCUUGUGAUCUUCUUGUGUUUUUCGGUUGUGAAAGCUGCCGAGCGUAGCCUCAGGUCGUAACUGUCACAUCCAGGCAGAAGAGAAAUGCAAGCAGCGGCCCCCAAAUAUUGAAAUACUGAAGGGAGAAAAAGUGUUUGUUCUUUCGCUCACGUCGACGGCCUACCACAAAUGUGAGAACUCGAUGUACUCGUCCUGCGGGUUGUACAGUGGCUGUGAGGCAGAGGUGAUGUUUUCAGUGUAUAUUAUUUGACUUUUUGUGCCUUGAGGCAGAACUUUGUGGUGAAAAAAGCGCAGGAGAGGAGAAGAUACUUGACGAGUUCAAUAAACACAUUUAUUUAUUGACAAGAACUGUUAUUUUUAACCAUGCACAACCCCCCGAGAAAUGUAGCCCAUGAUGUCAAGCACAGACGUGUUGCUCACUAGCGUAACUGACAUUCUCAAUUAAUUCAAUAUCAACAUUUAGCUGCAUCUUAUUAAGACAUCCACUUACGACUUGGGGGAACAUAGGAAGCGAUUCAUCAGUGUGUGUGGUUUAUGAAUAUUUCUUUAUGGAAAACUAUUGAAAAUGAAUUGCUCUGACAACUAUACAAACACUGCUCCAGCUUUAGAUACUACCAUUGCAACACCGACUAUACUCACUGUAAAACACUAAUAUCUUACAGAUUUAUAACAAAAAUAUAGUGUUUUCUGACGAUUGUUUUUCUCACUGCUCUGUCAUUUGACUACAAAAGUAAACGACAUGAAAGUGGAAACUCCUGAGAAAGAGGAAGGUUCAGUUUUAGCAGGUCAACCACAAGACUUAAACAACCAAUCAACAUGUUCUCCCUUAUUUACAAAGCUAAACAUUGCAAUUACUCCAUGACAGCGUCAAAAUAGUCACAUGAUCUUUUUUUUUUAUGUUUUAGCAAAUAACCUUAAAAUUGUGGUCAGAACUAGAAUGACACUCGUACCUGCGCCAAAGCCCAUCAGUUCCCCUUGAAAUUCAAUCUAGCUGCACACUCAGAUAUCAUUCCCACAAAUGUGCCUGAUUCCCCCCCCCCCCCCCCAUCAAGAUCAUUAUUUCUUGAGAAAUACACAGAAAUGAUGAAAAAAAAGCUUUUGAAAACAAAAACAUCAUGGAUUCAGUAAAAAUGGGUUCAGUAGGUUUUGCAUCAUCCUGCUAACGGAACAAACAGAUCACUAGCAAAGUGUACAAGCCAAUCAGCGACCACCACAGGUAAAUGAAGCUACUACAGAGCUUGUCAGAGCUGCUACAUACAGGCUCCAGAAAGGACUCCCCCUCUACUGAAAACAAAACUUUCAAGUAGAAAGUCUAAAUAUUUUUUCAAUCACAUCUUAGAUUAUUUAGUUAUUAGACUCUAUCUUUUACUAGUAAAAGAGACUAAUAAACUGCUUUUAGUGGUGUCUCAGAUUGUCUCACUGAGCUAUGGUGGUUUCCUCUGGCCAAACAAGCAGGACUGUAACAAGCAGUUAACCUAAAUGUACACAGAGUCCCUUCAGAAACCUGUGGGUGACACACACACGCACACACUGGAAUAAAGUGUUGCAGCGGUGUGUGUGACAAUAGAAACAGCCUGGAUCAAACAUUGCCCGUCUCAUCCAGGGAUUUUACACUGUUUUACAUUGUGUUAUUGACCUGUUGCCUGCAGACUAGGAUGAGACAUGUUUUUUUUUUCACAUUUUACACAAUACCAGCCAUCGAGCUAUCAGUUCAAUACCAAGUGUAAUCCAUGCACACUACUGUUUCCAUAUACAUUUCUUUAUGA